GUAAGGCGGGACUUCCUUUUCUACAUCCGUCAUAUUGGGCAAGUGCUCCUUCUCUGCUGAACUGUGUCUGGAGUUGGUCAUCAGGGUUUAUUCUAAAGUGUUGGACGUUGUUUGUCCUUUCAAUGACAGCCCGCAGUAUUUUACUAACCCGACGGGUUUUGCCUUUUGGAUAUAAUUUACAGCGAGCCAUACCUGUGAAGGUGUUUAUUUUUAUGUUAUGCACACUCUGUCGGAGUAGCUUCUGCUCUUCAAAGCGCGAUGAGGUUCGCCUGGCAGAAGAGGCCAGCAAGAAAUAUGGAAAACCUGAGCCCACUAUAUUUUCAAAAAUAAUUGAUAAAACUAUUCCUGCAAACAUAAUCUAUGAGGAUGACAAGUGUCUAGCUUUCAGAGAUGUAAGCCCACAGGCUCCUGUACAUUUCCUGGUUAUUCCAAGGAUUCCUAUUCCAAGGAUCAGUGAAGCACACGAUGAUGAUGCCCCGCUUCUUGGGCAUCUGUUGAUGGUGGCCAAAAAUGUAGCAAAGAAAGAAGGGCUGGAUGAAGGAUACAGAGUUGUGAUUAAUGAUGGGAAAAAUGGGGCGCAGUCUGUCUACCACCUCCACGUCCAUGUUCUCGGAGGACGGCAAAUGAGAUGGCCUCCAGGAUAGAUGAACCCUCUGUCAGUGAAUCAAAAUGAAUGCUUCACAUUUUUGGAGCAGAGGAGUGUACAAAAAAAUGGAAAUAAGUCAAAGAUCAUCAAAUAAUUCUGAACAAGAGAGGCUGAAAAAAAGUAAUAAUUUUUUUUUACAUUAAAACAUAUUUUUAUUGAUGUUUGUUGAGUUUAAUUUACAAUAGAUGAUUUGCUUUGGUUUGGUUACACAGUUGAUAAUUAAACGUUUUGGUUAGUUUUACAAGUUUCAUAGAGUGAUACUAGCAUUUUGCAGACUGGACAUAUUAAAUAUUCACAUUUAACUAUUUCAUGUUGGGCUUUCUAAAGUAUAUUAGACACAUUACAACAUCCCACCAACUGUUAAAUUUUAAGAACAGAAUAGCUAAAUUAUUGGGCAAUGAUAAUACAGUGGAAAGAAUAAGUGUGUGAAUCCUUUGGAAUUAGCAGGUUUUCUGCAUUAUUUAGUCAUAAAAUGUGAUUUCAUCUUCAUCAAGUAUAGACAAACACAGUGUGCUUAAGCUAACAACACACAAACAAUUAUAAUCUUUCAUGUCUUUAUUGAACACAUCCCAUUAAACAUUAACAGUGCUGUGGAAAAAGUAAGUGAACCCUUGAAUUUAAUAACUGGCCUAUCCUCCUUUGGCAGCAAUAACCUCAACCAAGCAAUUCUGGUAGCUGCGGAUUAGAUCUGCACAAUGUUCAGAAGGAAAAUUUCAUCUUUGCUGGAUGGCCACUUUUAGGGAGAGUAGCCACAGUACUAAAUCGUCUCCAUUUAUAGACCAUUUGUCUUACUGGACAGAUGAAUAUCUAAACUAUUGCAACCUUUCUAGAAUAUCUAAACUUUGUAACCUUUUCCAACUUUGUGCAAAGCAUCAAUUCUUGGUCGUUCUGGUGAAUCGCAAACUCAAAAUGUUGAGUGCUUUUUAUAUAUCAAAGAAGCUCUAACCCACACCUCCACAUCCUAGUUUCAUUAUGCCUCAAAGUUUGCUGGACAAAGCCUCAACUUGCACCUUGGCACAUUUUUAGGAAUGUCAAAGAUUUCUUAAAUUGAUAUGCCCUUUGCAAACUGAAAAAUUGACCACACACCUAAUAUAUACCCAAAAUUCUGAACACAACACUUAGUGUUGAAUCUGAAAUCUCGGACGUGGUUUGACCUCAACUGAAGUCAUUCGGUAGAGAUGUUUUACUGCGACUGGUGGCGUGAUCAACCCAGUAUAAGAGGUUUCUGUGUGUCACACUUGAAUGUGUUUAUAGGAAAUGGACAUUCACCUUGUUUGCUAAAAUGUCAGGUUUGUCAGUGCAGGCAUCAACUCAUGUCUUUGUUGAACUGGGGAUUAUACUGUAACGAUUCUCUGAAAUUAAACCUUGUUAAUUAUAUCACAAUGUUACAAAAUGGGACUUGAGAUUUGAGGAGUUCAAUCAUGAUUAUUCAUAUCAAACAUGUUCAGCCAUGGUAGUAAAAUAUUGAAUGUUGGUUAUCUUAUCAUUUCUGUUACUUUCUGGAAUGAUAGUCUCUCACCUCUUUCAUGCUAUCUGUUGGUUACAAGUGUACUAUAGCUUUAGGAAUUGUAUAAAACCUCAAAAAAGAAAAUGUACAUGAACAAUGUGCAAAUGAGUAAACAGCUGAAUUGACUUGUCACCCUUAUAAAAAGCAUACAAUACCAAAAGCAGACCCAAAGACAUCAAUGCUCUAACAUUAAAAGAUGAUCUGUUGUAUUACUGCAAGAGGGACAAUGCCUUGAAAUGCAGCUUGAAGAGGAAGUUAUUUUAGAUUGCAAAUACUAGUGAAGUAUCAGUCCUGAUAAUAUUUGCAUGAUAUGCAUCAAAUAUGAUGUAUCCAAAUGUAUCAUUUCAUUCAUGUACUGUAUUGAAGUCUGUGGCGCAGGUAUGCAAGUUUAUAUAAGAAUGUUUAUUAGAUCAUUUAUAAGACUGUAUAGACUGUGUAAUGUUUUAUUACAGGCUAAUAACAAAUUGGUGAAACGUUUCCUCCAUUUAGUGUAGUGUACCAAAUUAAAUUUACAUGUAUUUUCUUGGCAUACUAUUGCUGGACUUUUUGAAAGUUAGGGUUUCAUUGAUUGUAAAUGCAUUCGUCCGGGCAUAUAAAUAAAAAUUUGUGUGCAGAUCCCACCAGCAUGAUAAAACACUUGUUUUAUCACUUGCUCAACAAGUCAAGUCACCUGACAUGAUAAUGUUCAGGCUGUGGGUCCAUAGGUUUCCUCUGUAGUGCAGUUCCUCUUAUAAGUAUUCACAGCACGUGGAGAAACAUCCAUAUUUAUUGUACGUACUGUAAGGCAAAAUUGUGUUGCAUUCAGCUUUUUCUCUGAAACAUCAGGCUACAAAUCUCCAACAAAACACAAACUCCAGUGUAAACAUGUAAGUAGUCCUUACGUCAUUCUUUGGUUAAAAUUAUAUUGUUCAAUGAAAUUUAGAUAAAUAAUGUGAAUAAAUUAUGUGUAAAAUUGAA